CAACUUUGAGAGUGGGAAAAAGCCGAGGUGACCUGCCCUUGGUUCCCAGCUGGAGGUGAGUGGCAGGGCUGGGACUGUGCUGUCUGUCCUCCCCCAGGCUCCACUCGAGCAGCUUGCUGAGGGAUGGAGCAGGGUUUGUUGGUGCUUCCUGCCAGAGCCAUCCCCUCAUCCCCUGCCAGAGCCGUCCCCUCACCCCCAGUGUCCCUCACUGUGCUUUCCCCAGCUGUCACUGUGCUGCUUAUCUGACUCGUGCUCAUGUUUUCUCUGCUCUCAGGGCAGCCAGGGCUGUGUGACUGUUCUCUCCUUCCCCUCAGCCCUUCUCCAGGAGUUUGGCUGGCUGUGUGUGUUUGUGCAGGUGCCUGGCACUGGGAGAUACCUGCUGUGUGCUGCUCGUGUCUGCAGGGGAAGAGCAACCAGCAAAUGCCCAGUUCUGGGAGGCAGCAGUGACUCCUCGGGGAGCUGCUUCCUGUCAGGAUGUAUUUUCUUGGGAUGACUCAGGAGCUGCUUCACGAGAUGCAGGAAAAACUCCCCAUCUUUGUCCUGAUUGCAGCUGGACUGUUGGAUUUGUCUGGAGCCUCCAGGAGUGAACAUGAUGCCAGUGACAUGUUGGCCCUGGGCUUCCCUGGAUGGGCCCAGCCCAGAGCUGAGAGCAGCCCAGUGCCCAGCGAGGGCUUCCCUGUGACAGAGGACGACUUGGAUGGGGUGACCUUCCACUUCCAGAGCCCAGCAGCUGAUCCCACCAAGGCAAGCACGGCUGACUCCAGCCCUGCUGCCACAGGGAGAGCUGCAAACAGGACAGCUCUGCUGCCUGGGGGCUUGGCUGGGACCCUGGAGGUGUCUGAGCCCUUGCACACAGAAACAGCAGCUUCAAAGCCCCAGGCUGGACACGCCUGGCCUGGCCAGCUCUUGGGGAGCUUCAGCAUCCCUGUCUCCACACAAGGAUCCCAGGCUACCACAGCUCUGGAGCAGCCAGGCAGCUCCCUGCAGAGACCAGGAGAUAUCCCUGGGGCUGGUCCCAGCCCUGCCAGCUCUGCUGCUGGGCUGCCCCAGCCCCCUCCCAGUGUGGGGCCACACCAGGACUCUCUCCAGUUCACAGCUGUCCCCUCCCUUUCUGUUCUCAAGCAGAUGGAGGUGACAAAGCCUAAAACAUCUCCCCUGACUUCAACAGUCCAUUUUCAUCCUCCAGGAACAGGAACAGCAGCAUCUCCAUCUCCAAGCAGAGCUGGGGUUGCUCCUGGAGGUGCAGGGCUGGGCUGGUCCCCCCCAGGGAUGCACACAAACCCCCAGGCCCAGCCUGGCAGCACAGCAGCUCUGACUCCUGCACGCCUGGAGAGGACCCGGGGUAUGGAUGCUGGAAUUACAGCUUCUGCAGUCCCACCACAGCCAGCUCCAGGGGGCCUGGAUGCAGCCUAUUCCAGCACAACACAUGCCAGGGCCACUCAGCUUUCCCCUGCUUUGCCUCUGAAGGAAGAAACCACAGGCAGCAAAGGCAGGAAUUCAACAGCAGCUGUAACAAAUGGUUCUGGACACCCACCCCAGCUGCCUGCUCUGCAGACACUGCCACCAGGCCACGUCCAUUCCUCUUCAUUCCUGAUGGGAUCCCCAGUUCCUGGUGGGUUAAGUCCAUCUCCAAUUCAAGGGCCUGUUGGCACAACUGGAGGACAACAGCCCCUGUCUUUGGACAGGGCUCUCAACUGCACCAAACCUGCUGCCCAGGAAAGCAACAGGAGCUCUCAAGGAAUCACAGUUGUAGCUCUACAAGGAGAUGCUGAUCAUGGGAUGGUGACAAGUAAACCUGGAAAAUCUCUAUCCCCUGAGAGCCCACAGGCUCCUGCUACUUCAUCCUCAUUAAGCCCAUCAAGGAUUUCCUCAUUAAAGCUUUCCCAGACUACUAAAGAGCAAAAAGAAGUAACAUCUGCACCCUCUCCUGGAAUGUCUGGCUUUGGGAAUGCAGACCUUCAGCCCUGGGAUUCUGUUCAGGAGGGGCUUCAGCCACCAGGUGCAUCUUUCCCUGCUCGUGCUGGAUUGCAGCCCAUGGGCAUCCCCAGCUCUGCUGAGAGACUUCACCCAACAACAACUUCACCCCCAGCCCCUGGCUCUGGGUCUCAGGCUCAGGGGGUUCCUGCCCACCCUGUACCUCGGGAGGCCUUUGCUGUGACACUGCAGGUGAGCACAGGGGAAGACUCCAAGAGAAGGAAAGGUCUCCCACAGCAGACAGCUGGAACUGGUUCUGCACCAGCCAGCCCAGUGCCCAGCCCCUCUGGAGCCCGUGAGAGCAGGACCCAGGCAGCUCCCUGGCACAGCUCUGCCCCUGCAGCCCCCCAGAGCCAGCACGUUGCCAGCCCAGCAGCUCCUGCUCCAGCACCACCCUCACCCCGUGCAGGGGGAAGCCAGCCCGGCUCAGCCACAGCACACCCUGACCCAGGGGUGCCCAGUGUCCCUGGUGAGGUCCCAGCACAGCUGGCACAGGCUCUGGUGCAGCAGUUCAGGAGGGCUCUUGAUGCAGCCACCAGGAACCUCAGCACCGGCAGAGGAGACCCCCUCACCAUCACCUCAGCCCCAAACCUGUCCUUCCUGUUUAAGAGCACUGAUGGUAUGAUAUGCCUUCGACCCCUGCAGGAGUCCCCUCUGCCCAGGACAUUCCCAAAUGCCAGUGUUGGGGGGCUGGUUUCUGUCCAGCAAAUCCUGGCAGCAUCAAAUUCCUCAGCGCUGGACCUGGCAGACUUACACCACCCGAGUCCUUCCAGCCUGGUCCUGGUCAGGCCUGUGUUCAUCCUGCUGCCCACGGACAGGGCACACUCACCCUUUCCUCAGGGGGAAGGUGACCACAGAACCACCCACCUGGGCACACACGUGGGCACCCCUGAAAGCAGCCACGGGAGAACGAGUUCCUCUUAUCCCACCAGUAAAUCUGAAACCACUCUGUCCACUGUGUCCAACCAACAAGCAGAGAGAGCAAAGGGAACUCCUCAGCCAACUCAUCCCAGUUACAGAGCCACCGUGGGCUUGGGCCAAGCUGCCACCUCAGCACCAGGUCCUUUGCUGGACCCAGGGAUGGGGAUGAGCAGCACAGGGCAGGCCCUGCACCUUCCCAGGAUGCCAGAGGAGAUGCAGAUCCCUGCUCCCCCUUCCCAGGAGGCCAAGGGCACUGAUUUACUGCUCCUGAGCAGGAUGUUGGCAGAGCCUGGCACCUCCCCUGGGGCACCAUCAGUGCUGCCCAAGCAGCAGAGCCCCUACACUUCCUCCAAAGUGUCUCCCACGACUGAAAAGCCACAUUCUGUAACUCCUUUACUGCCAGCAAAGGGACUCCUUGAUUUCCCAGUGCCUGCCCAGCCCGUGCCCAGCAGCACAGGGGCCACAGGCCAUGCCCAGCACGGUGGGACCCUGCAAACUGCCCCCCCUGGCCAGGGCUCAGGGACUACCCCGAGCUCUGCCCCUGCUCCCUGCGUGGAGUGUGGGACCUCACGCUCAGCUGCAGCCACAAAACACCCACUAAAGGGGCUCACAAGCACCAAACCUCUGCAGGCCAUGUCCCAAGGGCUCCCAAGGACCACACUGCUGCUGCCAUCCGUGGUACCCAGCAUGUCCUCAGCUUCCCCAGUGCUUCCAGCUGGGAAUGAGCACGGAGAGGCUGCCCUGGGCAGUACAGCUCCUUCAGGAGGGGUCCCUGUGCCUGCUACAGCAGCACAAACCCACAGCACUUCCGUACAACCUGAUCUCCCUCACCACUUGGAAUUCACUCCCACGGUGCCCAAGCCCUUUGUAAGGACAGAGGGACCAACAGCAGCCCCAGUGCAGGCUCCCUUCUCAACAGAGAUCCAAAGGAAAACGACGGUUCCUGGGAAACUUCGGGCUGCAGUGACCCACCCAAGGGUGUGUUCCAGCUCUGCUGCACGCCCACCUUCUCCUGCUCCUGCACAUGUGCCCCUGCUGGCAGCCCUGGAAGGUGACCAAGCCCUCCAAGCUCCCACUGAACUGUUCCCACGGGCCAGCACGGGAGAAACCCCAAAGCCAACUGAAAGCAGCACAAGGGCAGGAAGAGCAGGACCCGGUAAAUCCUUGGGGGUGAGUGUGUCUCUGUCAGCCCCAGUGAACACACAGACACAGCACCCACCCCCAGCAGCCCUGGGGAAGGAGCUGGGUUCGAGUGCAGCACAGCCCUCUGUGCCCACGGGAGCUGCCCUGCAGAGACAGCCCCGAGGGACACAGGGCACCCCCCAGGCUGCCCCAGCAGCGACUGCUCUCUCUGCAGCCCAGGGUGCUCAGACCACUGCUCCACUCACCAGCAAGGAAGGGCUUCACCUGCCCACACCAGCCCCCCAGCCUGAUCCCAGCGUGGUGCUGCCCAGAGUGAACACACCCGCUGUGGGGAAGGGCGAGGGCGAAGCAAAAGGAGAUGCAGCCCCCACCAGCCACCUGCCCACCCAGGCACCCCUGUCUGCAUCACCCAGACACCCUCUGGAGAAGGAGAUCCUGGAGGACACCAUGGAACAGGAGCCUGGUCAUUCCAGCCCUGGUAGUGCCCUGAGUGCCACCGGGCCACCUCCCACAGCAGCACUGGCUGUCUCUGCUGACAGGCCUGGGAACAAGGUCACCAAUCACUCCGCUGCCUUCCAGAGAGCAGCUGGCAGUGAUGCUGAGAUGCUUCCAGCCAGAGACCUGAUCCAGCUCCUUCCAAGCCCAGAGAGCCCCUCACAUCCAGCCGGGAGCCCGGUGCCAGCCCGGGGGGAUUCCCUGCUGGGUGUGGCAGGCACUGACUCAUCCGAGGGGCUGCUGCUGAACACGGAGGCAGAGGAGAUGGGCAGGACGGAGGAGGUGACAGACGGAGCAGCUGAAGGGCUGGUGACACUGCUGGAUGCCCAGCCCAGCGCCCCGGGGGACUCUCACCACAGGAGGGGGCUGCAGCCGGAGCUCACCGUCCUGGAUGGCCUGGCCGUGGUGAGGGACGACGCCUGCGGCUCCGGCAACUACACGGUGCAGCUGAGCCUGAGCCCCGCUGCUGACACAGCCCCCGAGCCCCACGGGCCUCCAGCACCUUCCCCAGAGACCUUCCUGGCCUUGGUGGCCGUGCAGGACAACCUCAGCCAGCCCCUGGUGCAGCCCCUGCUGCAGAUCCACUCAUGCUGUGUGACCCCCUCCGCCAGCCCCGGGGCCCCGGGAGCCCGGUGCUGCCUGUUCCGCAGGCUGCCAUUUGAGUGCAGGCACAUCCAGCUGCUGCAGAGCAGCAGGUCCAGAGCUGCCAGCUUCACCAUCCAGCUGUUCCAGAUGCUGAACCACUCCGUGGCCUACCUGCACUGCGAGCUGGACGUGUGUCUGCACAGAAAGGAGGGAUGUGAGCAGGACUGCUUGGAAAGUGUGGAGCCAGUUCUGCAGCCCAGUGACAGGAACAGCCAUGGAAACCUGCACAACCUCAUCUCAUUUGGCCCAGUUUGGAGGAUGAAGGACAGGUUUCUGUACAAACCUGUGGAAGGUCCUGGCUCUGCUGUGCUGCUGCCCAUCCUGCUGGGCUCCCUCACUGGCUUUGCUGUCCUGGGCAGUGCCUUCAUAAGCCUUUGGCUGCACCACAGGCAGAAAUCCAAACCCCUGCACUACCCCCCCUUUGGAGACAUCCAUGGGCUGUGAGCCUGGAGCAGCUCCUGGUCCUGCAGCUCCCACAUCAGCACCGCAGUGACCAGGGGAGAACAGGUCCUGCCCUGCACAUUGUAGUGCUUCUGUAGAGCUUCUGCUGACCCAGAGAGCAAGAAGGGUCCCACCUCUGCCUGGAGCACAUCUCCCCUUCCUUCCUUUCCCUCUGCAUGAGCGAGCCCACAAACUGCAGAGUAGAGAAGGGCCGAGGGAGGGGCUGUCAGACCCUGCGGGUGGGGGAGGGCAGCUGGGGGAUGCUCAGGGGGUGCUGUGCAGAGCCCUGCCUGGGAUCCAGCCUCACAUCCCUCUGUUCUGGAGGAACGGGGGCUUCUCCAUCCUGUCCACGACCUCCUGCUGCCUGUGCAGCAGCUGCUGGUGGGGAAGGAGGAAGCGGCAUCCCUGGAGUGUGGAAGGAGCUGCGAGGCACGAGGAAGGCACCUCUGGGAAGGGAUCUCCCUGUCUUUGGGGCCACGGUGUAAAUGGUCAGCAUGACAGCCCCACUUGGGUAUUGUAAUGCCAUUAAAACUGACCCUGGAACGUGUCUGAGGCCGGAGCUGUUUGCCCAGAAAUGGGCACCCCUGAAAGGCUGGGGGGGGAGAGCCCCUCUGCAGCCACGGACUGUGUUCCCCUACUCCCUCACCUUCUCCUGAACUCUCUGUAAUAAAACUGAGCAUUGCAGUAA